CUUUAUUUACAGUCUGGGUCGAGGAGGACAAGAGAGAGGAUGUGUGUCGCCUCGCUCCUUCCACACCCUAGUGACGUGAUAUUGUAUUGACUUCCCGUAACACGCAGCAACACCUCUACAAUUACCUGAGUGUUCCACCUAAUUACCGGGGAACAGGUCCAAGAUGGCAGUUCUUCUCUGACUACCCCUCCUCCCUUCCCCCCCCACCAACGGCUUCCUCCCCACCACCACCACGGCUACCUCCCCCUCCUCCUCCUCCCCCUCCCCUCCUCCUCCCGCUCCUCCUCCCCCUCCCCCGUGAUGGUGGUGGUGGUGGUGGUGGUGUUGCUUCUGACUGUGGGUCCCCAAUGCAGUGUAGCCAAUUCCACCACCAACCCUGGAAUAUACAUCAAGCUUAGCAACCCCUCCACUUGUGACCCCACUGCCACCACCACCACCACCACUACUACUACUACUACCACCACCACCACCACCACCCACAACACCACUGGCGGCCGGUUUGGGGUCAUUGUGUCGCCCAGGUCAAGUCAGGGCAAGUGUUCAUGGAUCAUUGUCAACCCACGCCAGGAAACUCUGCUGCUCAGUGUUACCCAUCUGAACCUGUCUGAGGGGCCUUGCAAGGAGCACCCCAAACGCUGCUGCAAACACUGGCUCUCCCUGUUUGCCACAGCCCCAGACGAAAACCAGUUCAAGCCAAACGGACACAACAAACACAGCCUCCGUGACUUCAGCCAGUCCACCCUUCAUGGAAUACUGCAGGGGGUGUCUGAGGGUGGUGGAGUGCUGGGAGGCAGGCGGCUGUGUGGGUCUACUCCCCCCGCCCCUGUGGUGACUCAAGCCCCCAGGGUGUAUGUGCGGUACAGCCAGGAUGCUUGGUACAGAGGCCGCUCACUUCCACAUGGAGGGUUCAGGAUGGUGGUGUUUGCUUUGACGAACAGCAGCUGUGGUUCAGAUGAGUUUGCCUGCACCUCCUCCACCUUGUGCCUGCCCAGAGUCCACCUAUGUGACGGCCAGGUGGAUUGCCCUGACCACUCUGAUGAGCUGAAGUGUCCCUCAGAAAUGGAGCUGGUUCAGAAAGGGUGUGGCGUCAACAAGUGGUACUGUGGUGUGGGGCGGGAGUGCUACACAUCGCAGCGCUGUGACGGCAUUCCACACUGCUCCAAUGCUGUGGAUGAACUCUCCUGCACGACCAAGUGUCAUAACAAGGUGGCCUGCUGGGGGGGCGGCUGUUACCACAUUUACCAGCGCUGUGACGGCUCUCCGGACUGUGGCGAUGCUUCCGAUGAGGCUAACUGCUCCACCCUGCUGUGUAAUGACAAGAACGGCACCUUCCUGUGUGACAAUCACCGCUGCAUCCGAGAGACAUGGAGGUGUGACCAGCUGGACGACUGCCGGGAUGGGAGCGACGAGCAGGACUGCCUUAGGAACUCGGUGAUAGGUGUGGCAGCGAUGGGUGGGCUGAUGUGCUCUCUGCUGCUGGUGGUGGCUGUGGGCUGCACCGGGAGGCUGUACGCACUGAGGAUGGGCCUGACACGCCUGCAGGGCCGGAGCAGGGGCAGCGGGGGUGGGGCACAGCGCGGGGAAGGUCGUGGCCCACCCCCUCCUAGGUCCAGACUAGAGGAACAUUUGCUGCAGAGAGAAAUGCCACCACCUUAUGAUGUCGCUGUCAAUGAUGCGUCCAGCUCACUGUUCAGCACAUGGGGGUGUCACCGUCACUGGCGCCGCCCCUCAGUGCCACCGGAGAGGGAUCAGACACCCCCCUCCCCCAGAGUGCCGGUGUAUGGAGGCACCCCCACUCUGGAGCCCCGCCGCCCCCACCCUCCCUCACAGCUGGCUGGGGAGGAGGUGGAGAAGGUGGAAGAGGGUGCUGAUCCAGACUAUUUCUCCACACAAGAGGAUGACGUGCCCCUGCUUUCAAAUUUGGUUGAGGGCGGUUACCAUGGCGAUGAAGGGAGGAGGCAGGAGGAAGAAGAGGAGGAGGAGGAGAGAGAUGAUGUUCCUCUUCUUCUGGACCUCAUCUCCACCUCCACCUCCACAUCCUCCUCCACCUUUGAUCUAGAUUCAGAUGAAGAAUUAGGAGGCACAAGAGAGGAAGGUAUACCACACCUCACAACACACACACACCAUCCCCAGCCUGAACCACACACCCCACACCACUCCAGGGACAGCAGCACCCCUCCUCCUGCCCCUCCUGCACCCCACGGCCCUCCUACACCUCCAGAAGGGGAUGUGCUGUCUGAUACGAGGGCUGCUGUCUUGGCCCUCAGUGCUGUCCAGUCACACAUGGAUAACUUCACACAGUCUGACACAGAGUUGAUUAGUCAGUGAGUCUGUGUGUGUGUGUGUGUGUGUGUGUGUGUGUGUUGACUAUCUUUGAGUGUGUGUGUGUGUGUUUGGGUAUCAUUGUAUGUGUGUGUGUGUGUGUGUGUGUGUGUGUGUGUGUG